AGAAAGCCACAUAUAUGCAACAAACACAACAUGUGCUGCUUGUGGGAAAUACAGCUUUGAGUUGGAAACAGAGCUCAGAUGAAAUCAAAAGAACGAUAAAGUCUGGAGAAAAAAGAAGCUACAGUUGCUUUCCCAGCCUGCAGCUGACAGGGCAUUAAGAUGUCCGUGGACAUGAACAGCCAGGGCUCUGACAGCAAUGAAGAGGAUUAUGACCCUAAUUGCGAGGAGGAGGAAGAGGAUGAGGAUCCUGGGGAUAUUGAGGAUUAUUAUGACGGGGUAGCUAACGACGUGGAGCAGCAGGGAGCGGAUGCCUUUGAUCCGGAGGAAUAUCAGUUCACCUGCCUGACUUACAAGGAGUCGGAGAGCACUCUGAAUGAACACAUGGCCAGCUUGGCUGCCACGUUAAAGGUAUCGCAUGCUGUUGCUAAACUUGUAUUAGUUAGUUUUCACUGGCAAAUCUCAGAGAUUUUGGAACGGCACAAGUCGAAUGCUGCCCAGUUGCUAGUAGAAGCACGAGUUCAGCCCACCUCAUCCAAACACGCAAUGGUACAUUCCUCUCAUCACUGCGCAGUGUGCAUGCAGUUUGUCCGGAAGGAGAACUUGCUCUCUCUGGCUUGUCAGCACCAGUUCUGCCGCAGCUGUUGGGAGCAGCACUGCACAGUGCUCGUCAAGGAUGGUGUUGGAGUUGGGGUCUCCUGCAUGGCCCAGGACUGCCUGCUUCGGACGCCAGAAGACUUUGUGUUUCCAUUGCUGCCUAGUGAGGAGCUGAAAGACAAAUACAGACGCUACCUCUUCAGGGACUAUGUGGAGAGCCAUUAUCAGCUGCAGCUGUGUCCUGGUGCAGAUUGCCCUAUGGUCAUACAGGUACAGGAGCCAAAAGCCCGGCGAGUGCAGUGCAAUCGUUGCAAUGAGGUCUUCUGCUUCAAGUGUCGGCAGAUGUACCACGCACCCACAGACUGUGCUACCAUUCGGAAAUGGCUCACCAAGUGUGCAGACGACUCCGAAACAGCCAACUACAUCAGUGCUCACACUAAAGAUUGUCCCAAGUGCAAUAUCUGUAUUGAAAAGAAUGGAGGCUGCAAUCACAUGCAAUGCUCCAAAUGCAAGCAUGACUUCUGCUGGAUGUGUCUGGGAGACUGGAAGACUCACGGCAGCGAGUACUACGAAUGCAGUCGGUACAAAGAGAAUCCUGAUAUUGUAAACCAGAGUCAGCAAGCACAGGCCAGGGAGGCCCUUAAGAAGUACUUGUUCUAUUUUGAGAGGUGGGAGAAUCACAAUAAAAGCUUGCAAUUGGAGGCACAGACGUACCAACGAAUCCAGGAGAAAAUCCAAGAAAGAGUUAUGAACAACUUGGGAACAUGGAUAGACUGGCAAUACCUACAAAAUGCUGCAAAGCUACUUGCAAAGUGUCGUUACACGCUUCAGUACACAUAUCCGUAUGCCUACUACAUGGAGUCUGGUCCCAGAAAGAAACUGUUUGAAUACCAGCAGGCCCAGCUGGAAGCUGAAAUUGAAAAUCUCUCGUGGAAGGUGGAACGAGCAGACAGCUAUGACAGAGGGGACUUAGAGAAUCAGAUGCACAUAGCAGAGCAGAGACGGAGGACCCUGCUGAAAGACUUCCAUGACACAUAAGCGAGGAGGAAGUGACAGAGUGCAGGGGUGAGAGCAGCGAGUGAAGUGAUGGCAGCUUCACCGUGAUAAGCAGGCACUGCCUCUGGGAGAACAUGGCCAAGGACAAAGCCACCCCUCCCCUUGCAAGUCAGACACAUGCAAACACCACAUCUUAGUCCAGUUUGUUCUCUUAUCUUUCUGUUUCUGCCAGGCUAGAGGCCAGAGUUCAGAUUGGCAUAUUUCCUGGGACAUUUCCCUCCUGCCCUUGAUGGUUUCAGAAGGGGAGGGAGUUUUUCUCUGAAUGGCUGUUAAUAGUAUUAGAUCAUUACAAUUUAUGUAAUUUUCAACGGUUGUACAAUUAUACAAACAAACCUUAGAAUAACACACAACCCUUUUUAAAAAUAAAUUGGCAGUGGAGUGUUUUUCCUUAAUCUGCUUGUAAAUUUAAUGGGCUUUUCCCCCGUCUCCCUCUCCCUUCCUCUGACCCCAAAAGCCUCCCAGGCACUGAAGGAGGUUGCAAAGUAACUCAGCUAGAUUUCCUGAUCCUCCUCCAACCAGGGCUUUGUAGCAUUGGCAUUGCAUGGGGAGAGUGGCUGGUGUUAAGAGUGGCUGCUGCUGUGUCUGACCUGACAGUACCAGCAGUGGCUGCAGUUUAGUGCAAUCACAUGGGGCAUCUCUUCUCUCAUAAAUCAGCUGUGCAAAAUCCUGCUACAUAAACAGAAGAGAGGACUUGUAGGAGAGAGACCAGGUUAAAGCUGGGGAUAUGCCUUGAGGCAGGUCAGAUCCUUGCAUUUGAUGAAUCUUAGGUCUUCCAUGUAGAUUUUUUGCUUUACUUUUUUUGUUUUCUGGGGAGGGCAUUGUAUUGCCAAAGUGAGUGACAAGGGCGUAGUAGCAUACUGUUGUUAAUCAAUGCUUGGGACUUUUGCAGAAUGAAGCAAUCCAUGUUAUAACAGUGCCAUACAACCUGGUAAAGAUUAUUUGUGCCUGCUGGGUAACAUGGGUGAGAAAAACUGAUCACAUUCAUCAAGGUGAAACUAAUUGCCACUACAUCAUGAGGAGGAAAAAUGAUGUACAACACGUUCCCUGGCACAUGUGGGCAAUAUGGACAGGCACUUGAGAACAGGUGCACUGCUUGUGCAGAGCCAGGCAGAAAAAUUAACUGGCAAAAUUAAUUUAUUUGUAUAUUAGUAUUGAUGCUGGUGGAGACUUUCAGAAAUUUGAUUGUUAGGAGCAUGUGGAGCUUUUUUAUUAACAUUCUUUUUCUAAUGUAAAAUAUACACUAAAAUAAAAAUGUGAAAACCCAGUUCAUGUUAGCAGGGCCUUAACGUGAAAAUGGUUACUUAAAUGCUGAUGCUUGCCUGUUUGCUAUGGGAAGCAGGUCCCAUAUUAAGAUUUCACAGGCACAUGUGUUACCUGCACGAGGAAAAUGUUGUACGCAGAGCGGAGCUGGAGUCUCUGAUAUGAGGAAACCUUCACUUCUCUGGGGAAGUCACGGAUUCCCUUCCAUGCCACAUUUGGAGGCACUGCCUUUGGUGCAAUCCUGCACUCUCAUGUUGUUCUUGCACAAUGUCAUUUGACAAGGAUGAAACUGGAGGGGGAAAAGUCCUAAAUUCCUACUUGCUAGAAUAAGCUGACUCUGCUGGUGAAGCCAUUUCUCAUCUGCCCAAGAUGUGAGACAGGUAUUUGCAGCACGUAUAGCUGAGCAUGUAGAUUUUAAUGAGAGGGCUUUAUGAGUUUAAAAGAGGAAGAGCUGUCAUAUGGACUGAUGCUGUGACCAUUCCCCUCUUUAGGCUGGAGCCACAGGUAUUUCCUCACCUCAUUCCUUCCUCUGCUCCCAUCAGCAGCCUCUUCGUGGCUGCCUCAAAAUACAUCCUGUCUCCUUCCCAAAUGAUUCCCAAAGACAGAGAUGCUGGACACAGGGGAAAGCAUGAGCACAGGAGUAGGUUUGCUAUGUAUCCAACAGUUUACACUGUCUAGAACUAAUGUUUAAAAUAUUCUUAAAAGAGGUAGAGCGCAAGGUACUAAUCUAGAAUUUAAAAGUGGUGUUUGUGUUACCUAAAAGUAACCAGCUGACACUCAGUCUCUUUGCAGAACAGAUAUGUGGAGUUUCCUGAUCCCAAAGAGCACUCGCUGGUGUUACAUAGUUGUGUGUCCUUGAGCUACGAGAAGGGUUUUUCUCUCUUUCUCUCUUUCCCGCCCUCUCUUGUGCCCCCACAAAAAUGUUUGCUAGGAAUCCUUGUUUGCAGGCCAAAUAGCUGCAUCCAGAUUUACUGAACAGACUGCUGAGGUGCUUGGCUGAGGAACAGUAAUACAUAUUGCAUCAAGUGCUCCUGAUUUUUUGAAAUUUCUUGAACUUAGAGCUUUGUCAACAGUUUUAUUUAACAUUCCCACUCUCCCCCACAUGCCCUUUAACCAAGGCUAUGGAUGCCCUGGGGUGCAGCGUGGAGCUUCCUUCUCUGCUUAUGGGGAAGACACCAGGACUUGCUCUGGCAGCCCAGGCAGGGCGAUUUCUGUGUUGGAGUCUUAUAGAAAGUUGUGGGCCCUGAGAUGAAACCUGCAGAGCAGGGGGACUGGUGUCACUUUGCAUGGAGUGGCUGAUGCUGCAUGAAGGGCAGGUGA